AUCGAUUCUGCAUUUCCCACUCACCCAUUUCCCCUCUCAUCUUCUCUUCCUCCUCAUGACCCGCCCCAAGAUCUUUCUCUUUGGUGAUUCAAUCACCGAGGAUUCCUUCGAUGUUGGAGGAUGGGGUGCUUCUCUCGCCCACCAUUUCUCUCGCUCGGUUGAUGUGGUGCUAAGAGGGUAUAGUGGGUAUAACACAAGGUGGGCGCUCAAGGUGUUGGAUAGGGUUUUCCCUGGGUCCCUGGGCGGUGACGGUGGAACCGGAGCAGCACCUCUUGCUGUCACCAUUUUCUUUGGGGCUAACGACGCUAGUCUUCCAGAUAGAUGUUCUGCUUUUCAACACGUGCCACUCCACGAAUACAAGCAGAAUCUUCGCUCCAUUGUUUCCUUCUUCAAGAAGCAAUGGCCCACAACUCCUGUUCUCCUAAUAACACCUCCUCCAAUUGAUGAUGAUGCACGUCUUAGAUUCCCGUAUGUAGAUAAUCCACAGGGUCUUCCUGAAAGGACAAAUGAAGCUGCUGGUGAGUAUGCUAGAGGAUGCAUUGCUGUGGCUGGAGAAUGUGGAGUUCCGGUGGUUGAUCUCUGGACCAAAAUGCAACAGUUCCCUGACUGGAGAAAAAGUCAUCUAAGUGAUGGUUUGCAUCUCACUCAAAGUGGCAAUCGAGUUGUUUUUGAGGAAGUUAUCGCAAAGCUGAGAGAUGAAGGCUUGAGUCUAGAAUCCAUGCCAGUUGAUCUCCCACUAAUAGCUGAUAUUGACCCUAAUGACCCCCUGAAGGCAUUUCUGUAGUAAUAAAAUCAUAUAUUACAGAAGGGGUAUCUAUUUUGUGGGGGUUAUUGUACUGUUGGCGUUAUUGAAAGAUGUGUUAAUAAAGUGCAUUACCUCAUAAUAGU